GAACGAGUGGAAUAUCUCUUUCUCAUAAUUUUUACAGUGGAAGCAUUUUUAAAAGUAAUAGCAUAUGGACUUCUCUUUCACCCCAACGCUUACCUCCGCAAUGGCUGGAAUUUACUAGAUUUUAUAAUUGUGGUAGUAGGGCUUUUUAGUGCAAUUUUAGAACAAGCAACCAAAGCAGAUGGGGGGAAUUCAAUAGGAGGAAAAGGUGCCGGAUUCGAUGUUAAAGCGCUGCGGGCUUUCCGAGUAUUACGUCCCUUACGGCUGGUGUCUGGAGUUCCUAGUCUCCAGGUGGUUUUAAAUUCAAUUAUCAAGGCCAUGGUCCCCUUGUUGCAUAUUGCCCUGCUGGUGCUGUUUGUCAUCAUUAUCUAUGCCAUCAUUGGACUGGAGUUAUUCAUGGGGAAGAUGCAUAAGACCUGCUACCAUGUACAAGGGGGAUUAAUAGAUACGCCUGCAGAAGACGAUCCCUCUCCGUGUGCUCCCCAGUCUGCGCACGGGCGGCAGUGCCAGAACGGCACGGAGUGCAAGGCAGGCUGGGAGGGACCUAAGCACGGCAUUACCAACUUUGACAACUUUGCUUUUGCCAUGCUGACGGUGUUUCAGUGCAUCACCAUGGAGGGCUGGACAGACGUGCUGUACUGGGUCAAUGAUGCCAUAGGAAGGGACUGGCCCUGGAUCUAUUUUGUUACACUAAUCAUCAUAGGGUCAUUUUUUGUACUUAACUUGGUUCUCGGUGUACUUAGCGGGGAGUUUUCCAAAGAAAGAGAGAAGGCUAAGGCUCGUGGUGAUUUCCAGAAAUUGCGGGAAAAGCAACAGCUAGAGGAGGAUUUGAAGGGAUACUUAGACUGGAUAACACAAGCAGAAGAUAUUGAUCCAGAAAAUGAAGAUGAAGGCAUGGAUGAGGAGAAGCCUCGAAACAUGAGCAUGCCCACGAGUGAGACCGAGUCCGUGAACACAGACAACGUCCCAGGAGCAGAUAUGGAAGGCGAAAACUGCGGUGCUAGGCUAGCGCAUCGGAUCUCCAAAUCUAAGUUUAGCCGCUAUUGGCGCCGAUGGAAUCGAUUCUGCAGAAGAAAAUGCCGAGCUGCCGUCAAGUCCAAUGUUUUCUACUGGUUGGUGAUCUUCCUUGUGUUUCUCAACACUCUUACCAUUGCCUCUGAACACUACAACCAGCCAGACUGGCUCACUGAGGUCCAAGACACUGCCAAUAAGGUGCUGCUAGCUCUUUUCACGGCAGAGAUGCUGCUGAAGAUGUAUAGCCUUGGUCUCCAGGCCUAUUUUGUGUCCCUCUUCAACCGUUUUGACUGUUUCAUUGUGUGUGGAGGAAUCCUGGAAACAAUUCUGGUUGAGACAAAGAUCAUGUCACCGCUGGGCAUUUCGGUGUUGAGAUGUGUUCGACUCCUAAGAAUAUUUAAAAUCACAAGAUAUUGGAAUUCACUGAGUAACCUUGUGGCUUCACUCCUGAACUCAGUUCGCUCCAUUGCAUCCCUGUUGCUGCUUCUCUUCCUCUUCAUUAUCAUCUUCUCUCUCCUGGGAAUGCAACUCUUUGGGGGCAAGUUUAACUUUGAUGAGAUGCAGACCAGAAGGAGUACAUUUGACAACUUCCCCCAGUCCCUCCUCACUGUGUUUCAGAUCCUGACUGGGGAGGACUGGAAUUCGGUGAUGUAUGAUGGGAUCAUGGCUUAUGGCGGCCCCUCUUUUCCAGGAAUGUUGGUCUGUAUUUACUUCAUCAUCCUCUUCAUCUGUGGAAAUUACACCCUUGGUACAAUGUUGUUCUGCAGUUUUCAAAGCCUGUUUUCUUUAAAUAAAUUGGCCAUUGCCGUGGACAACCUUGCUGAUGCUGAGAGUUUAACAUCUGCACAGAAAGAGGAGGAAGAGGAGAAAGAAAGGAAAAAACUAGCUAGGACUGCUAGUCCUGAAAAGAAACAGGAGAUAGAAAAAGCAGCUGUGGAGGAGGAGACAAAGGAGGAGAAAAUAGAGCUGAAAUCGAUCACUGCUGAUGGAGAGUCGCCGCCUGCUACCAAGAUCAACGUAGAUGACUAUCAGCCCAAUGAAAAUGAAGAAAAGAGCCCAUAUCCCACAACAGAGGCACCAGCAGAGGAAGAUGAGGAAGAACCAGAGAUGCCUGUUGGCCCUCGUCCUCGCCCGAUGUCGGAGCUGCACCUCAAGGAAAAGGCUGUGCCCAUGCCUGAUGCCAGUGCAUUUUUCAUCUUCAGUCCUAACAACAGGUUUCGUGUCCACUGCCAUCGAAUCGUUAAUGAUAACAUUUUCACCAACCUGAUCCUAUUUUUCAUCUUGCUCAGCAGCAUCUCCUUGGCAGCUGAGGACCCUGUCCGACACCUCUCCUUUAGGAACCAAAUUCUCUUUUAUUUUGAUAUAGUUUUUACUGUCAUUUUCACCAUUGAAAUUGCUCUGAAGAUCCUAGGCAAUGCAGACUAUGUCUUCACUAGUAUCUUUACCUUAGAAAUUAUUCUUAAGAUGACUGCUUAUGGGGCUUUCCUCCAUAAAGGCUCCUUCUGCAGGAACUAUUUCAACAUCUUAGACCUGCUGGUGGUCAGCGUUUCUCUCAUCUCCUUUGGGAUCCAGUCCAGUGCUAUCAAUGUGGUGAAGAUCCUACGUGUUCUGCGAGUGCUCAGACCACUGAGGGCCAUCAAUAGAGCUAAAGGCCUAAAGCACGUGGUCCAGUGUGUGUUUGUUGCCAUCCGAACCAUUGGGAACAUUGUGAUUGUAACCACUUUGCUGCAGUUCAUGUUUGCCUGCAUUGGAGUUCAGUUGUUCAAGGUAAAACUAUUGAAUUAA